AUGCCUAAGCCUUCAUCUUCAUCUUUGCGCAGUAAUGGUCAAAACGGUAAAUACACACCAACUAACUACGCCGCAACCAAAAAUGAAGUAGGGGUAUUCACAACCCCUGGAUACUCAGAGGAUAUCAAACCCUUGUGGAAAUUUAAGAAUGCAGAGGAAGCUGGGAAGAGCGCAGAGGGGAUUUGGAAGCUGUUCGAGGGGUAUAGGGAUAAGAAUGAUUUCGUAGGCAUGGACAUCUGUCGUAAAUUCAUUCAAAUGGGUCGAACUCGCUCACUCCGCUAUGCAUUAAGACCAGGAGGAAGGAAAUAUGAUCCUUCGACAGGUAAAGAACGUAAGAGGACAGGAAAAGUGUACGAUCAAGGUAAAUUGGACGGAGCGGAGAUAUAUGAGAAGUGGUUAGGGAAGUGUUGGGAUAAUAUGGUUUACCGAAAGGCUUGGGAAAGCUGGAGAGAGGGAAAGGAACUGAGUGAGGCUGUGGAUGGUGACGAUGUCAAGGAUCAGUCGGUCGUGAGAGUAGCACAGGGGGAGGGAGAUGAGAAAGAUCACAAGGAGACGAAAAAACGGAAAAGACCCGUAAAAGAUGAGCCUGUGGUGAAAGUGAAAGAUCAUUCUGGGCCAAAGAAGAGAACCAAGAAAUCGUAG